AAUCGAAUCACCGACAUAUAGAUCUGAUCUCCAUUCUUGGGCAUGGGUUUGAAGUUCAAUCAUGCAGGACUCUCCUGCUUCCCCAGAUCUUCUUCACAUUCAAAGACCUUACCCUUUUGACAUCGACCCUAUUUCCAUGGCGAAUGCUUCUGCAACUACAAUCGUCACCGUCUUGUAAAUAUCUCAUUAUCAACUUCUUCUUCUUGUUACCUUCGCUUGUCCCCAUUGCAGCAUUGUGUUUGUUUCUCGAGAAAAUCGGCAUUUUUUCUUCCGUCUGUGUUUUCUUUUUUAAAAAUUUGUUGUCGUCAAAAGGUACCGAUUUUUUCGUGUUGACUGUUGUUGGGGAUUGGUUUUGUUUGUUCGUUGAGGUCCUCCAUCGGCGGCGGCGGCGGUUCUUGAACCCUCCUCCGAUGGGGGUUGUUACGCCGUCGACGAAUCAACGGCCAUCUUGGUUCAGUCCAAUAUGGCAUUGGCCUUCGGGCUUGCUUCUGACGGCUUUGGUUUUGAUUGGUAUGGUCACUGUUUGGAGAAUGGAUGGCUCCAUUGUUAGAAACUACAUUGAAGCUCGAAGAUUUCCUCGUUAUGAUAUUCCUUCAUCAUCUAAUCUCUCCCAAGCCGUUCAAAACUCGACCUUUUCUUCCCUGUUUAUCCCACCUAGUUCGAGCCAAAACCAUACAAAUUCAACUUUGUUUGUUCCCGAUGAACCAGUUCCUUCCGAGAAUUCCACUUUGGUGUCUGAAAUAAUUGAUAAGAACCCAAUUCAGAACCUGGUUGAGAAAAGCCCUGGUUGGAUUUUUUCUGAAUUAGAACCCAACUUGACUUCAAGUCUUCUAGCUCGAUGGCUAGCUCCAGGAGGACAUCCUUGCAGAGAUUCUUACACUACACAAAUUGCUAUCCCUGGUUUGGAUAACACGAAAGAGAUAGAGCUUCCAGCUGGUGAAGUUCAUGAAUUUACUUUCCAAGCAUUGGAUGAGUCUGGAAAUCCUCGUUGCUUAGGUGGGGAUUACUUUGAAACUGAUCUUUCAGGAGAACUGUGGAAAUCUCGGCCAGUGGGGAGAGAUUUCGGCAACGGGACUUACUCCAUUUCGCUUCAAGUUCAUCCAGAUUUCGAAGGUCUGUACAAUCUCACCAUCAUUCUACUUUACAGACACUUCGAAGGUCUCAAAUUCACUCCAUGGAAAUUUGUAUAUGAUCGAAUGCUCCGAAACAUCCCAGUCAGGUUCAUCAGAAGCAGUGUUGAUUUACCAGAAUUGCAGACUUGUAGAGCUUCUGACUUUACCAGGGAUGUGUGGUCUGGAAGAUGGACCAGGCUUGGAAAAAACGAUGAUUGUGAAAUCAGUGAUGAUGGUAGAUUUCGAUGCUUAGCUCCAGAAUUCCCUUGUAAAUCUCCCUGGUGUGAUGGUUCUUUGGGGAAUCUGGAGAGUAAUGGAUGGGUGUAUUCCACUCACUGUUCAUUUAAACUGUUCUCAGCUGAUUCUGCUUGGAAUUGCUUGAAGAAUCGGUGGAUCUUCUUCUGGGGUGAUUCAAAUCAUGUGGACACGAUACGUAACAUGCUAAAUUUCAUCUUAGAUUUGCCUGAAGUACAUACUGUACCCAGAAGAUUUGACAUGAACUUCUCAAACCCCAAAGACCUAUCUCAGACAGUUCGGAUCACAAGCAUCUUUAACGGUCAUUGGAAUGAAACAAAGAACUAUGAAGGCCUGAAUUCUCUGAUAAACAAAGGGUUUCAAGACCUGCUCAAGAAAUACUUCUUAGAACCCACAAUUCCAGACACCAUGAUCAUCAACUCUGGCCUGCAUGACGGUGUUCACUGGACUAGCAUCAGAUCAUUCUCAAAAGGAGCACAGUAUGCAGCAUCAUUCUGGGAACAAGUGAUGAACUCAGUGAAACAAAGAGGGUUGGCUAGGCCAAGAGUGUUUUACAGAAGCACAGUGGCUACAGGUGGGUAUGCAAGAUCACUGGCCUAUAAUCCAAGCAAGAUGGAGGUGUUCAAUGGCAUAUUGUUGGAGAAGUUGAAGCAAUCUGGGGUGAUUUCUGGGGUGAUUGAUAACUUUGACAUGACAUAUCCAUGGCAUUUUGAUAAUCGCUGCAAUGAUGGAGUUCAUUAUGGAAGAGCUCCUUUGAAGAUGAAAUGGCGAGAUGGCCAAAUUGGGCAUCAAUAUUUUGUGGAUCUCAUGUUAGCUCAUGUUCUACUCAAUGCAAUCUGUGCAACAUAGGCCAUACACGUUCAUAGCAUAUACUGUAUUAUUAUUUUUUUCAAUCACAUUAUAGGGGUUGAACAUUGAAUCUUAUUCUUACCAUCAGAGUUAUCUCAGGUGGCCUGUAUUGUAUUCUUUACCUGCAUAGCACGGUUAGUUUUUUUUUUUUUUUUUUGUUGUUGUUGUAUAAGGUUAGGUUUUAGCAUACUUCUUGUCCAUGUAUGUGUCAGAAAUAUAUAAAUUCUAGAAAAUCUUUCUA